UUUUCACAUAUAUAGUUCGGUUCGUUUGGUCCGGACCAAAAGCAAAAAAUGAUACAUUUUAGCUUUUUUAGCAGUUUUGGUUCCUUUUCACACCAUACUGAUCAUUAUGUUCCGCACCAGUUGAAACGAACCAAAAUGCAGUCAUGUUAUAACAUCCACAUUACUCAUUGGCCACAUGUAUUUGAACGUAUUUCCUAAACUGCUUCUCGAUUGGUCAGAAUAAACGUGCGGGAAAUUCCAACGAAACUCCGGAAGUAAACAAAAAGAGGAAAAUACCUAUGGAAAAUACAGCAGACACCAUGGAGAGACGACUGCGCGCUGUAAUUAUGUUCGUGGUUGUAAUCUACUACAUCGCUUGUAUACAGCACUCUAUGCAAACUCUUCAUUUUCAGAAUGAAGCGCGUCUGCAGCUUGAAAAAAAAAUUUUAAUGCACUGCAAACGGCGAAGACGCAUCGCAAGACACUUCAGGAGGCGGCGAGCAUUACUUUUGCAAAACUGUGACAUGCUCAUCUUCCGCAAAUAUUGCCAACGACCGAUGAGGAGCAUUUGGACACGUGCACGUAAUGAUAGUUGGUGGCCCCACAUCAAUGCAACCUGGACAGAUGAUGAUUGGCUGAAAAACUUCAGAAUGCGAAGAGGCAGUUUCAGACUACUGUGUGACACUCUCCGGCCCUGGCUGACCCGACAGAACACGAAAUACAGAGAGGCUGUGCCAGUAGAGACUCGUGUUGCGAUUUGUAUUUGGAGGUUAGCCACAAACCUGGAGUAUAGGUCUAUCUCACAACUGUUUGGUGUUGGGUUAUCAACUUGUUGCACUAUCACCCAAGAGGUUGUGACUGCCAUAAAUGUUGUAAUAAAGCCUCUGUACAUCAAGCAUCCCUCCGCAGCUGAGUUCAGGCAGAUAAUACAGGGUUUUCGAGACAAAUGGAGAUUCCCUCAGGUGGCAGGUGCAAUAGAUGGAACCCAUAUCAAGAUCAAAGCUCCACCUGACAACUCCUCUUGUUAUUACAACCGGAAGGGAGACUAUUCUAUCGUUCUGCAAGGUGUGGUGGACCAUAGAAUGAGAUUUUGGGACAUUAAUGUUGGGCGACCAGGCAAGAUACAUGAUGCCCGUGUUUUCUCCCUCUCUUCACUAUAUGAGCGUGGCAGUGCAGGCAAUCUUUUACCUCAUUGGACUGAAACGUUUGAGGGGGUUGAUGUUCCUCUUUUCCUUUUGGGUGAUUCGGCUUACCCUCUACUAACUUGGCUCAUGAAAGCUUACCCAGAAGGAGGAGCAGUAACACAAGAGCAGCUUAACUUUAACUACAGAUUAAGCCAAGCCCGUAUGACAGUUGAGCGUGCCUUUGGGUGCCUGAAAGGACGCUGGCGUUGCCUUCUUAAAGAAAAUGAUGCACACAUAACUUUUAUAAGCCGCAUUGUUUCCGCUUGCUGCGUGCUGCAUAAUUUCUGUGAGGUACAGAAGGAGGAAUUUCUGGAGGGAGAAACAGUUGCAGAGGAAGAGGGACCUGUACCUGAUGAACAGGGGCCUGCACAGCAGCAACAUGACAUAAGAGAUGCACUGUGUAGCUACUUUGCUACAAUGUGA